AUGACCCCACAAAUAAAUUUUUACAAACUAAAUACGGAUGGGGCAACUUCUUCCAAGACUGACACAGAUGGAAUUGGGGGGCUUAUUAGAAAUCACAAAGGCGAGUGGAUGGUGGGAUUCGCUGGCCAAAUUCCUCAUAUGAACUGUCUAUCUGCUGAAUUACAAGCACUCAUCAAAGGCUUAAGUCUAGCAGCACAACUGAGACUGCUACCACUUCAAGUGGAAAUAGAUGCAAAAGAGGUAAUUACACUUCUGGAUAACCAAAAUUCGAGGUAUUCUAACUUAAUUUUGGAUUGCAGGUACCUCCUAGGGACACUCCAUGAUCCAGUAGUCAACCAUGCAUACAGGGAGCAGAAUUGUGUAGCAGAUAAUCUUGCAAAGCUAGGAAAUAGGAUGCCACCUGCUGCUGCAUUGUGCAUUUUUGUUGAACCACCUUUUUGUGUUACAAAACAACUGUUAGAAGACCAGCGAGGAUUCACGUCCCAACGCAUGAUUCCACCUAUAAUAGUACAACAGCUGGAUGAUCAAGAUGGCAAUAGAUGUUUUGUUACUAAUCAUGUACCUAAGGAGGCUGCUAUUAUUUAUUUUAAGAGCUUUAGUAGUAAAAAUGCAGUCCAUACUACUUUGAAGAAUCGUUAG